AUGACCUGCAAGUGUUGUAGCGUGCCGUGUAACCGUUACAUAGGGAAAUCGAAAGAUGAUCUGCCAUGCAAGGUUAAAUGCACCCUCCUCAAAUACCGCAUGAGCGCACGUAUCCUGAAAAUGAGUAAAAGUAUGUUCAAUAACAGAAAAUGCAAGUUCUAUCGCAGUGUACCGUGCUUGCUCACAAUAUUUUCCGUUCUUCACUCGCAUAAAAUAGAGUACGGUGCCGCAUCACAUUUCCUGAUCGUGCUUAAGGCCAUCAAACAUGUUCGCUGUCAAUGUCAAACGAUGGCUCCUUCGUAUCAACGAUAG